AUGCGGCACAAGGGCGAAGCCGACGCUGCCAGCCCAAGACUCGUCUCGCAGGCGGUCUGGCCGUGGCGCGGCGGUGCGAGUAAUGACGCCGCCAUCGCUCCUUCCUCCGCAAUUUCCCUUCCCGCACCCGCCCUCGCGGGGCAACUGCCAUGCAGCGGCCCUCGCUCGUCGCUCCUGCCGAACCUCAUCAACCCCCCUCCGUCCUGGACACGACCCCGUCCUCAGCUUCUCCAACACCACGACGGCGGCAAACCGUUCCCGCCGCUCGCCAUGAUACACGAUGACGGCCGGCACGCUCCGCCGCCCGCCAACCUGGCCUUGAACGGGGCCCCCGCCAAAUCCGACUUCGCCGCCCGCCCUCUCCGCGACGUCUGUCUCCGGAUGGGAGCCAAGGUCGACGCAUUCCUGGCCCAGGAGCCCGAGAGCGAGCUGCUUCGAAACGUCCGCCUUCGGCUGCGUGCCUCCGUCGAGGUCGUCGCCGAGGCGCUGGACAAGUACUCACCCGACCAAAUCUCCCUCUCGUACAACGGCGGCAAGGAUUGCCUCGUGCUCCUCGUCAUCAUCCUCGCCUGCCUCGCCCGACGCAUGCCCGCCGCGUCGGAUGCCGAGUCCGACGCACCCGCGGCCGAUGGGGCGCGCUUCCCCGACACCUUCCAGGCGGUCUAUGUCGUCUCCGACCACCCGUUCCCCGAAAUGGAUGCCUUUGUCGCCUCGUCGGCCGCCGAGUACCACCUGCAGGUGACGCGAUACACGAUACCCAUGCGCAGCGCCCUCGAGCUGUACCUCGCGGACCGCCCGAGCAUACGGGCCAUUUUCGUGGGCACGAGGAGGACCGACCCGCACGGCGAGAAGCUGAGCCACUUCGACCACACCGACGCGGGCUGGCCGCCCUUUAUGCGCGUGCAUCCCGUCAUUGACUGGCACUACGGUACGUCCCCGGCUCUCGACCCAGAAGCGGGCCGUGGCUACGACGGACGAGCAGAAGUUGCUGACUGGACUGCGCCGAACAGCCGAAAUCUGGGCCCCGCGAGGCUGCAGGCUCGCUCGGCGUCGGCGACACCAAAGGCUAACCGCGAGCAGUUCAUCCGACACUUGGGCAUUUCGUACUGCCCUCUGUACGACCAGGGCUACACGAGUCUCGGCGGAAGGACGGACACCCAUCCCAACCCGCAUUUGAAAAGGGCCGCCGGCGGCGGCGGCGGCGGCGAGGGAUUCCGGCCGGCGUACGAGUUAACCGACGACGACGAGGAACGGCUGGGUCGAGACCGAUGA